AUGAACAGCCACCCUUCGCCUAUGGAGCACAUGGACGUCGAGAGGAGGUCGUCGUCGCCCAAGCGCAAAAAGGUCCGCCAAAAGUACGCGCCCAAAGCAUGUGUAUCAUGCAGGCGAUCUAAGCUCAAGUGUUCCGGCGAAAACCCAUGCCAGCGGUGCAUGGACAACGGCAAGCGAUGCUUCUUCUCUGAAGACCAGACGGCCGCCGAAGCCCUGCAGAACCUCAGUCGACCCACGCCUGCCCUCCACACACAAGCCUCGACCACUAGCGGCAACGGCAACGGCCACAACGUACCACGAAGGAGCUUAAUGCCGUCGGAAAACGGCACCGAGCGAAGGGCGAGCGAUGCCAGCACACGCGGUAUGACCAUGGAAGCGCGCAUGGCCCGAAUUGAGGCCAUGAUGGAGGCUCUCAUGCGCGACCGAGGCCUGACUAUGACGCCAAUGGGCAGUGUCGAACGUGACGAGAACGGCAGCGAUGUCUUUCGGGGCGAGGCCGCGCUGUCUGUUCCGCCGCUGGACCCCAUCAACCCAGCUCUCGCCUUCAUGGGACAGCCCUCGCUCUUCUCGCAAGAGUCGGCAGACCCAGCAAUACCCGUCCCCCCAGUCUCUGGCUCCCCCAUCAACGACGACCCAUCGCACCUCGUACAAUUCGGCAAUAAGAAGCUGCCCUUUCCCAGUCCCGCCGACUACCAACAGUACCUAGCCUCCUUCUUCACCGACAUUCACCUGUCUCAUCCGUGCAUAGAUGAACCCGAGUUCCGCAAUCGCAGCCAACACAUGCUGGCAAGCACGACCAUACCUUCAGAAGAUCGCGAGUUUCUCGCGCUGAACUACACCAUCUUCGCAUGCUGCGACGUACUUCUCAAUGUCGCACCCAUCGACACUGGCAAGCCCAAGGGCUGGCGCUGGCUUGACAUGGCUGACGAGCUCGUCGACACGAGGGCGCUACUAAGCGGAUGCGGCGGUUUGACGCUGAUACAGUGUUUCCUUUUCCAGGCCAUCUACUACCAAUACGCAGACAUGCCCGGCCCAGCUUACAACACUAGCGGCGUCGCUGCAACACUCGCGCUCCAAUUCUCCCUACAUCAGCAGUCCACGUGGACGAACAUCACGACGGUUCAAGCAUAUGAGCGCAUCUGCACCUUCUGGAAUCUCUUCGUCCAAGACCGAUUCAUCUCGUUAACGUGUGGAAGACCAUACAGGAUCCACGAAACCGACAUUCAAGUUGAGGCACCUGUAGAUCUGUCGCAACGGGCAAACCUCUACAAAACCGAGGAUGAUGAUCCCAGACCUUUCAUCGACCACUACAUCCACUACGUCAUUCUCUGGGCGCGUUACACCAGUAACGCUGUCGACGGCCGCAGUCUCGAUAGCACGACCCAGGACAUCAUUGAUCGGCAGAUCUCCCACUACCUCGAUCACGACUUACCAAUACUGGGGAUGCCAUCGUACGCUCGGCGGGAUGAGGGAGGUGUACCACUGCUGAACAUGUUCAUCAAGCAGAAAAAGACGGACUUCGUUCUUUGGGGGCUACGUUCCGUCAUAAUCUCCCUGCAAUACGAUGACAAUCACGCUGAACACCUCAGCCAACUUGCCUGCUCCACCCUCACAGGAAUGACCUUCUUUGCGCGGGAAGUUCGUCAGUCAUUCAGCCUCCGGCAUCGCAUGACAUCGGCCCUGUCGAAUGCACUUCUGGUAUUUUGCUCUCUUCUCAUCCGCAACUCUGCUGGACGAACACUUGCCCACAUCGAGGCCUUCCAUCGCGCUAAGGGCAUGCUACAUGACUUGGCCUUCAGUCAGCCAUAUGCGAAACGCGUCUUGUCUGAUUUCGAAGGCAUUGUGCGUGUGGUGGAGGAUUGCCUAGCUGGGAAAGAUGCCCCAGAUAAUGUCGCGGAGCUGUUUCCUUACCAGUCCUCGAGCGCUGACAUUCGUGGCGUAUUGUGGCUGUAG